GGCAGCCCCACCUCACCCUCUGUUUCCAACGCACACUUGCACACAUGCAUAUAAGCUCCUGGAUUGGGUGCGAUUGCAGCAGCCGUCAGAGGCGGAGGAGAUUUCAGGCCGGAGAGGAAGUUUCUUCUGUUUCUAUUCGCCUCUUGUUGUUGCAAUGGCGGUCGAUUCCCGUGAGGAGUGUCAAACUGCCCACAGCAUCGUGGUAAUGACUGAUGAAGGAGGGAUUCGCCAUCCAUGUGAACCUGGUUUGAUGAAAGGCGAAUCAUGCUUAAACUCUGAACCAAACAUUCCAGCUCACACCAACCUAAAAGUAGAUAAAGCAAAUAACUAUGCAUGCAUCUUGGACAUAAAUGCUGAGAAAGGGAAGGCAGAAAUUUCCAAGUCCAUCGAAGAAUCUGCUACCUGUUUGAAAUCUGAUGAUUCUUUAGGGAGGGUGUUUCAGAGAGAGAUUUGGUUACAAAUGGGAGGAAAAUUCACACAGCUCCUGAUGAACCACACGACAGACUUACCGAAGUUCAUUUCAAGAGCAGAUAAGUUUGUGGCAGAGAGAGUCCACGACACACUUUCUAGUAGAUCCCGGAAAUACAAGCGAUCUGCCUCAUUCAAUUCAAGAAGAGUGGUUCUCCUGUUUUCAGUCUUGUCUAGCAUGGGAACUAUUAUUCUGAUAUAUCUGACUUUGAGAGUGAAGCAAAUAGCUGACAGAUCCGGUAACCUUUAGAAAUACUUGUGUCUUUUGUGAAUGAAUCUAGUUAGUAAUGUUAGCUUUUUCCAUUCUGCAUUUGUUUUCUCGUUAGCAUAUGUUCUGGCUUUAUCAAUUCUCGUCCGCAUGUUUUCACCCAUGUAUAUAUUUAUUCAACAUAUGUUCUGAUCUAUCAAUUGAUGGCUUUCCUUAGCA